GUCACCAGCUGGGUCCGAGGAGGCGCAUUGAAGGAGCCCCUAGAGACGAUCAGGAACCUGGAGGGAGGACAUCUGCAGUGCCACUGCUUUAUCAUUUACUCCCCUUCUGAAAUGCACCCUGCCAAAGGAAAGGGUUGGGACAAGGAGGAUCAGUCGAAGGGAGGGAUGUCUGAAUAACAAGGAGAGAAACACCCACUCUCCAGACUGACCGCGUCCCGAAAGGAGCGAGAGAAAAGCGAGCGCGUCAGGAGGAAGCAGCGGGAGCCCUCAGACGCUUUUGGUAUUCAGAGGAUCUCCUUUGGAGAUAAUAGGACGCUUUGAAUUCAUGAGACUAUAGAGGUCUAGACACCUAAUUUUGAGGAUGUUUUUGAUGGGAGAGGUCAGGUGGCGUCUGCUGGCCUUGCUGGUUUUGCUUGCCUUUGUUUCCUGCCACCCCAGUAAGGCUGAGAGUCAAGUUUCAGCUCCAAGGAGGCUGCGUUUCAAAGUGCACAGUUCCAGCAGACUUCUUGUUUCAUGGAGGGAGCCCAAAGGAGAUGUUGACAGCUAUUUAUUUCUCUACAACAGCUUACCAGGUGGGCAGCAGAAGGAGAUGUUUGUGUCUAAAUCUGACACGAGAGUUAUAAUACCGGACUACAACCCUUCCAAGGACUACAUUAUUAGUGUCAUUGCUGUGAGAGGGAGCGAGCAGAGUAGACCACUUCAGGGCAGAUUUAAAGCUAAAAAAGCUGCCAGAGGUGAAAGUGAUGGAAGAGAUGAAAUUGAACCCCAAAGGCUUACAGAUUCAGUUAGACCUCCUGACGGCGCUAAUGAGAUAUCUGGAGCCGACCAGUUUGUGUGCCACACUGAGGCCAUUGCAGAUAUUGUGAUCUUGGUUGACGGCUCGUGGAGCAUAGGCCGGAUCAACUUCAGGCUGGUCCGUAUGUUUUUGGAAAACCUGAUCAAUGCAUUCGACAUUGGCAUUGAUAAGACCAGGAUAGGUCUGGCACAGUACAGUGGUGAUCCCAGGAUAGAAUGGCAUCUAAAUACUUACUCUACAAAAGACACUGUCAUCGAUGCAGUUAAAAACUUGCCAUAUAAAGGAGGAAACACUCUCACAGGGCUUGCAUUGAAUUUUAUUAUGGACAACUGUUUCAAGCCUGAGUCUGGCUCAAGGGCAGGUGUGCCAAAGAUUGGGAUUCUCAUCACAGAUGGAAAAUCCCAGGACGACGUUGUACCCCCAGCAGAGAGCUUGCGAAAAGCUGGUGUUGAGCUGUUUGCUAUUGGCGUAAAGAAUGCUGAUGAGAAUGAGCUGCGGUCUAUCGCCUCUGAGCCACAUCACAGUCACGUCUACAAUGUGGCUGACUUCAACAUUAUGAGCUCUAUAGUCGAGGGAUUGACAAAGAAAGUGUGUGAACAAGUGGAGCUGCAAGACAAAGACAUCAAGCAGAAAUUUACGCCGCAAAAAAUGGGAAUGCCACACAGCCUGGAAACCUCAGAGACCACAGCUCAGAGCUUUCGCGUGUCAUGGAGUCCUGCACCUGGAAAUGUAGAGACGUACAGAGUGGUUUAUCGCCCUGCUCAGGGAGGAGAGUCACAGGAGGUUGUCAUGCCUGGCAGUGAGACCUCUGUGGUGUUAGAGCAUCUCAGCUCUCUAACCGAGUACCAGCUCGCUGUGUUUGCCGUGUAUGAGGAUGAAACAAGUGAAGCUCUAAGAGGAUCAGAAACCACCUUGCCUCUCCCAUCAGUGAGCCGCCUCCAGCUGUUAGAUAUUACUCACAGCAGCAUGAGAGCCAGAUGGAGCCAUGUGGAUGGAGUCUCUGGCUACACAGUGCUCUAUUCCCCUCUAACAGUUGAUGGAGACUUGAACAACAAUGGGUGUUGUCCCCAGGUUAAUGUAGCUAAUGGAGUAACUGAGGUGGAGCUGAGUGACUUGGCGCCCAACACAGAAUAUGCUGUCACUGUUUAUGCUAUGUAUGGAGAGGAGGCCAGUGAGCCAAUAACAAGUCAGGAAGCAACAUUGCCUCUCAGUCCUCCCAGGAAUCUCCAGUUUUCUGACAUCACUCAUAACUCUGCCCACAUCAGCUGGGACCCUCCGCCUGGCGGAGUUAAAGGUUACCGCAUCAUGUGUGUCAGGACUGAUGGAGUGAUCACAAAAGAGGUGAUGGUGGGCCCAGUUAAUUCUUUUGACCUCAGGAAGCUGACUUCUCUGAUGGAGUACUCGGUGGCCAUCUUUGCUCUGUACAACGAGGGCCAAUCAGAGCCGCUCACUGAUGGCUUCACAACCACUCCAAUUCCUGGUCCUCUUAAUCUGCGUUCCAGCGACAUCGACACAGACAGCUUCAGGGUUAGCUGGGAUCACUCAGCCAUGGCCAUCUCUCUCUACAGACUCUCUUGGGGACAACUUUCAGGUGGUGAUACAAGAGAGGUGAUUUUGAGAGGAGAUGAAAACACAUACACCCUCAGCGACCUCAGCCCUUCCACCGAAUAUGAAGUCCUGUUAACAGCCAUCUUUGAUGACGAAUCUGAAAGUGACACAGUCUCUGUUAUAGAAACCACAUUGGCUGCAACUACAACGAUUCAACCCACAACCACAGUGACACGUAAGGCUGUGAAAAACCUUUACCUGAGUGAUGAGACCACCCAAAGCUUAGACGCAUCCUGGGAGCUGGAGGACCCUAAUGUGGAGAGCUACAGGAUUUCCUACUCUGACCUCAGCGGGGACCAAGGGGAGGAAUCUAUCUCAGUUGGGGGUGGUCAGAAAAACACAGUGCUCCAGCCUUUACUACCAGACAGACAGUACAAAGUGACGGUGACGCCAGUGUACAGUGAUGGACAAGACGGCAUCAGCGCUUCUGCCUUGGGUUCUACAUUGCCUCUCUUGCCUCCUGAAAAUCUACGCGUGUCAGAAGAGUCGUAUAACCGCUUCCUGGUCUCCUGGGAUCCGCCUCAGUCUCCAACAGAAGGUUACAGGAUUGUCUAUCGACCAGUCUAUGAUCAAGGUCCACUUUCGGAGACAACUGUAGGUGAAGAUGUGACCUCCGUUGUCCUUCUCAAUCUUUUGAGUGGGACAGAGUACACUGUCCAAGUGACGGCCUUCUACUCAGCAGGACCAAGUGAACCGGAACUCAUUAAUGCAAAGACAUUGUUCCUUGGUGUUUCUGGCCUGUCGACCUAUCAGGUGCAUCCUAAGAGCAUGUGUGUUCAGUGGCAGCCUCUUCUACACGCCACCUCAUAUCGGCUCUCCAUACAGUCCACCCUCAAUGGUCAGAGACAAGAACUAACCCUGGGAGGUUCAGCUUCACACCACUGUUUCUAUGAGCUCACACCCAGCAGCCAGUACCAGAUCAGUAUAAACACUCAAAUGCAAGAAAUGGAAGGACCAUCUGUAUCUAUUACUGACAUGACAUUACCAGAGCCCACUCAGGCUCCGACUGAACCUCCCACCACAGAGCCCACUCCCACCAUCCCACCUGCUAAAGAAGUAUGUAAGGAAGCCAAGGCUGACCUGGCAUUUUUGGUUGAUGGCUCUUGGUCUAUCGGGGAUGACAACUUCAUGAAGAUCACACGCUUUCUCUACAGCACAAUGGGCUCAUUAGAUCUGAUUGGACCAGAUGGCACCCAGGUGGCCGUUGCUCAGUUCAGUGAUGAUGCACGGACAGAAUUUCUGCUGAGUUCUCACAGCAACAAGGAAGCGCUGCUGGAAGCCAUCCAGAAGAUCAGAUACAAGGGGGGGAACACCAAGACAGGUCGAGCCAUUAAACAUGUGAAGGAAUCCAUCUUCACCUCAGAUGCAGGAGCGAGGAGGGGUGUUCCCAAGGUUCUGGUAGUUCUGACUGAUGGUCGUUCACAAGAUGAUGUCAACAAAGUGUCAAAGGAGAUGCAAAUGGAGGGCUACAUAAUCUUUGCAAUUGGAUUUGCGGAUGCAGACUAUGGAGAGCUGGUGAAUAUUGCCAGUAAACCUAGUGACAGGCACGUCUUUUUCGUGGAUGAUUUGGACGCUGUGAAGAAAAUAGAAGAGCAGCUUAUCACCUUUGUCUGUGAGGCCGCCACUGCCACUUGUCCAUCUGUUCUGAUGAGUGGCAAUACACUGGCGGGUUUUAAAAUGAUGGAGAAGUUUGGCCUGGUAGAGAAGGAGUACAGCACCAUACCUGGAGUUUCUAUGGAGCCUGGUUCAUUUAACAGCUACCCCUGCUACAGGUUGCACCGCGAUGCUCUGGUGUCACAGCCCACCAAGUACCUUCACCCUGAAGGUUUGCCUUCAGACUACACCGUUUCUAUGAUGCUCCGUUUGCUCCCUGAGACCCCGCAGGAACCCUUUGCUUUGUGGGAGAUCCUCAACAAAGACAAUGAGCCGAUCGUGGGACUAAUACUCGACAGCUCUGGGAAGACGUUGACAUUCUUCAACCACGACUACAGAGGAGACUUCCAGACUGUUACAUUUGAAGGACCAGACAUCAAGAAAAUCUUCCAUGGCAGCUUCCACAAGCUCCAUGUAACUGUCAGCAAGACAUCGGUGAAGGUGGUGUUAGACUGUUCUGCAGUGGGAGAGAAAUCCAUCAGGGCAGCUGGAAAUAUCACCACAGACGGAGUCGAGGUCCUCGGGAAAAUGGUUCGGUCCAGAGGCAGACGGGACAGCUCUGCUCCAUUUCAGUUGCAGAUGUUUGAUAUAAUCUGCAGCACGUCCUGGGCCAGCAGAGAUAAAUGUUGUGAGCUGCCAGCUUUGAGAGUGGAAGAGCAGUGUCCUCCUCUGCCUCAUGCCUGUACCUGUUCCCAAGAGAGCAAAGGACCUCCAGGACCUUCUGGACCCCCUGGUGGACCUGGCAUAAGGGGAGCCAGAGGAGACAGAGGGGAACCAGGAGUGACGGGACCACAGGGGCCUACAGGGGAAAUCGGUCCAUCUGGACCUCCAGGACCGCCUGGCCCUCAGGGACCCAGUGGACUCUCCAUUCAGGGACCCCCAGGUAUUCGGGGAGAAAAGGGAGAAAGAGGCGACGUUGGACCAGCAGGGCCAAUGGGUAUCCCUGGAAGCCCUGGCUCCCCUGGCAGAGAUGGUCCUCCUGGAACGAGGGGUCAGCCAGGUAACAGCGGACCUCAGGGAAGACAAGGACCUCCUGGACCUAUUGGAGUCCCGGGAGCUCCUGGAGCUCCAGGACCAAAAGGACCAGCAGGGCCUACAGGCGAACAAGGAGUUCCUGGUCUUGUUGGUACCAAAGGCGAUAAAGGAGAACGAGGUGAUGUUCAGUCCCAAGCAGCCGUGAGAGCGAUUGCACGACAAGUUUGUGAACAAAUCAUCCAAAGCCAUCUGUCUCGCUAUAACUCCAUCUUGAACCAGAUCCCCCAACAGUCAUCAGUAUCAGUCCGAACCGUUCCUGGCCCACCGGGGGAGCCAGGAAGGAGAGGUCCUCCUGGUCCUCAGGGAGAGCAAGGUCCACCUGGAAGGCCCGGUUUUCCCGGUACUAAUGGCCAGAAUGGCCAACCUGGUCAGAGAGGAUUGCCAGGAGAAAAGGGAGAGAGGGGGAAUCCAGGCAUUGGGAGUCAGGGACCUCGAGGACCAUCUGGUCCACCCGGUCUGCCUGGUGAAGGUCGGACAGGCAGCCAGGGCCCACCUGGAAGGCCCGGAAGCCCAGGAGCAGCAGGUAGGCCUGGAAAUCCAGGAGCUACAGGACCAGCUGGACAGCCAGGAUACUGUGACCAGAGCUCAUGUCUGGGAUACAAUGUUGGAGUUCAACAGGAUUACAGGAAUGAUUACUGAGGAGAAAUCGCCCGCCAUCUCUCCUUAUUCUCCCCCUGCUGGGUUCACCUCCUUUUUCCCUCGUUCAACAACAUCCAGUCUUUCCCCAAGACGCCAAACAGUAGAAGCUCACAAAACCCAAGCAUUUAUAAUCUUUAAGGGAUUUCUUAAUUCCUGCUCUUUUGAGGUUCUACAUCAGUCUUAAAACAUAUGCCUAUUUUUUGUGUAGAAAAAAGAAAAUGUGCCAUUUAAAAAAAGAAAGCUUCCAUGUAUGAGUGUUUUACAAAGUUCUGCCCUAUGUGGUUUAAGUGCCAGAUUUCUAAAGCAAUGCUCAGUCUUCAUUUGUUAGAAAAUCAGAUUUACUAUCAGAACAUUGAAUACAAAAAAAACUCAUAAACCAGCUAAAAAAAACACAUUCACAAUGCUCCCACUAAUGGCUGCUCUGUCAUUUAUCAACAAAUACUCAUUUUCCUCUGCAAUCGCUUGCUUUGGACUCAAAUCUCAUUAGAUCUAAUCACUUCUUUCAAAGGCCGAUCAAUCAGCGAAAUAGUGAUGAAUAGUGCUCCUUUCUGAUUGUCUGCUUUCACUACUGAGCAGCCUGCCUCACCUGUGCGAAUCAGAUUCUGAGAUGUGCUAAAAAUCUAUAUUUUACCCCUAGAGUAAUGUUGCCUAUUUAAAAAGUGAGAAAAUUAACACCUCUAAGCUUUAACCACUCCGAACUUAAAUUAGUGCAUCAUGCGACCCUGCAUAUCUGUCUGCAUGCCUCACCUUCCUGCUGAAUCUUUUACUUUAACACUCUAUUUGGUUGUGGCAUUUAGUUUUAGUUUCUUUGAGCCUCACUCCAGUGCUGACCCUAAAUAUCCCCUCCGCACCGCUCCAGUCCAGCCCCUCCCCCAUGGCGAGGGCAGCUACCAGCCCUACAGUCCCCCCCACAGACAGCCGUAUGACGACGACGACCAAGGAGGAGGCGAGGAAGAGGAGGCCUACUAUGAUGGCUACCACUCCCAGUACUACCCACAGCAGCCUUCUCAGUUUAUCUACAGGCAGAGUGGCUACUACCCAGGAAAC